AUGGCAUCGGUCGACGCGAGGCAAUCCCCAUGGACCAACCUUCCUACCGAUCUCAUGAAGCUCCUCAUCAAGAAGAUGACCGAGCCGUCCGACUACAUCCGAUUUCGCUGCGUAUGCAGCGCAUGGCGCUCCGCCGCUACCCGGUUCGGCCUCCCGCAGCACAUCCCGCUUCUGAUGCUGCCGUACGACGCGGCCAGCGAAGCCCGUCACGUCUUCAGCCUCUCCACCAACAAGGUGCACACCGUCUUCGUUCCCGAGCUCGUCAACAAGAUAAUCCUCACCGCCUCCCACGGCUGGCUGGUCCUGCUCGACGUCGCUGCCCCCGACGCAGCCCUGUCGCUGCUGAAUCCCGUCACCAGGGAUCGGAUCCAGCUCCCUCCGACCAACGACUUCUACCGCCUGUCGGACUUCGUGUUCUCCCCGGACCGCAACAGGUUUCUUAGCAGAAGGUAUGGAGAGUCCCGCGCGAAGGGUCUCGACAAGUACUCCCAUGUUUACCCCUGGCAGGUUGUCUUGUCCUCGAACCCGUUCUCCAUCGACGGCAAGUGCUUCGUCAUGAUCAGGGACUGCUACUUUAACGACCGCAAUGCUGCUGUCUGCAAGGUGGGAGACGACGCCUGGACCGUGGUCGAGUCCAACUUACCCGAGCCGCCCCUCUCCAUGGCAUGCCACAAUGGCCAUUUCUAUAUGAUCGACAUGGAAGGGAAUGUCUCGGUUUGCAAGGCCGAAGCUCCGUUCGAGUCCGGACGCAUCCAUUCGUUGCAGAUGGAGCCCUACGGCACUUUCUUCUUCGUGGCAGCAACCAGGGAGCUGUUAUUGUUCGUCCAAUUUGAGGAGGAGACCGAUGAUGACAGAUACGAGAAGGGGCGAUUCGACGUGUUCAAGCUGAGGCUGAGGAAGCCGCCUGCGUCGUCCUGGGCGAAAGAGGUUGAUGGCCAUGCUCUGUUUAGGUCGGAGCAACUGAACCAGAAUCUGGCCGUCCCCGCUGCGGAGAUUCCUGGAUGCAGAGUGGAUUGCAUUUAUUUCAGCGAUCCAUUCGAUUUUUCCCAUGAACGAGUGGAAAACAGUAUUCAUGAAAUCGAUAUGCUCGACGUAAAGACCGGCAAUUGCGAACAUUUACCAUGCGGAUGGAGGAAAAUGCCCUCGAGAGAGUUGCUGCGAUCUGUUUGGGUGCAGCUUAGUCUCUUCUGA